AUGCCUAGUAACAAAGCAACAGUAAACACCCCGGAAAUCAACGAGAAGCUACAGUAUUAUGGGAUCUAUUCAGCUUUUGCCAAUGGCAAAGCUCCUUCGAACAAGCAAAUCGAUGUUGCUUUAAACAGCCUUCUUGCUUCCAAGUCGCUGGCCAAUCCAUCACCAGAGCUUUCAACUGAGACUCGGCAGAUUAUUGACGACCUACGCCAUAUAAUAAUCAGUGCGAGAAACCUCGUUCUUGUCAAGAACGAUGGCAAUAUGAUUCAAGAGUUUAUCUGGGAUGCUGGAAAUUUCAAGGGUCCGGGAGAUAUUCAAGGCCCUGAUACCUCUGGUGAAAAGGCCGCCGCCAAACAAAAUGCUCAACAAACCGCAGCUGGUCUUAAGACGCUGGGCACUUUACUCAUCACUAACGGCCAAUUCAGGAAACUUUUGCAAGAUGCAACCAUUUUAAUACGGGAUAUGGCUAGCGACUCAGCCCAGAAAGCCGCUGGUGCCCUGAAGCCAUCGGAGGAGGACUUAGCCCAGAUUGACAAGCCCGCUGACGAGAACGUAUGGCAUGAGUCCCCUAAUAUGUCGAAGGAUGCUCUUAUGUCUCGAUUCAAGAAAAACAAAGCUCAAGGGAACGUCGACGGAAUCAAUGGCUCUCAUGCCACCAACGGGACUAAUGGAGUCCAUGGAGUCAAUGGAGUCAAUGGGUCCAAUGGGGUCAAUGGGGUUGGUGGUGUUGCCUCUAACCAACAGGUUGGCACUUCUGGUACCACUGAUACCGGGGAGCUCAAAGACGAGGCAGCUAUGAAGACCAAGCAACGUUCAAAGGAAGCAGCUGAGCGGACCAGAAGAUUCCUUUCAGAGAAAAUGCCCCGAGAACGGCGAGAGCAGACAAUUUGGCGCAUUAAGAAGAUGAUCGUUGAAAUUCAGGGACACGCUGACUAUCAAGAAGCUAUAGAAACACUCUUGUCAAUCGCGGAGGGAUACGCCCAACGCUCUAGAAGCCUAUCCAAACAGGGGGCAGGAACGCUGAAAGGUGCAAGAGAUCAAUCGGAUACUCGGAAAUUAGAGUCUAACCUGAAAACUGUAAUCGAACGAUUUGCGAACUCUACCUCGACCGAUGACCUGUUUGAUGCCAUCAAGAAGUUCUACAGAAAUGCAGAAAAUGAUCCUAGACUUAGAGAAUGGUUCCGAAACGUGGACACUUUCACCAGAAAAUGCCUCAAAGAACAGGGCUUCGUCUUGCGCGAUGAGUCUACUGCUGAAUGGAACAGACUGUAUGAUGAAGGUCGCUUCUUAUUUACCAAACGUUACAAGAAGGAUACCGAUGAGGUCGUUGAGGAGGGUAAAUUCCUGGCAAACCAGUUUGACGAAGACCCAUUGAACAGGGAAUUUGGUCAAUCUCUGAAGAAGUUCUUUGAUCAUCUUGGCCAUGAUGCCAGCGGAAACAUUGCUUUCCAGAAGAACAUAUUGAAGGACUUUGCCAAUACCGUCAUUCCAGGAACUCUGGCGAGUCUUUCAUACAUCCCUCUUCCUCGAAUUGAAGUAUCCGACCCAAUGGUCGACGUGGUUAUUGAAAAUUUGGCCGUUCAAUGUGAUAACCUGAUGCCCAACAUCUUGGAAUUUAGUAGUGACAACUACUGGAGAUGGGGAAGAAAGAAUAUUGGUAAUCACAAUGACAACAAGGCAAAUGUAAGCUACUACAUCAAGAAGAAGAAAGGCUUCCCACAUGUCACCGAUACCGGUGUGAUGGAUGUUUUCUUGGGAGGCGAUGGCUUCAGCUUCAAAAUCAUGAGCUCUUCAGCACAGAGCAAGGAUAAACAACACUUCAUCAAAGCUGAUAAGGUCAUCGUCAACAUCAAGAACCUGGAUAUCAGGCUCAAGAAGUCUAAGCAUAAGAUGCUCUUUACCCUGUUCAAGCCACUGCUGUUGUCAGUAGUUCGACCUGCUAUCCAAAAGGUCCUGGAGCUGCAAAUUCGGCAAUAUUUCACCAAAGCGGAUAAGUUCGCUUAUCAGGUCCACCAGGAAGCCCAGCGCACUAUGGAGUUGUCGCGAAACGACCCUGGCGAGAAGAGCAAUGCGUACACUCACUACAGCAACGCCCUCAAAUCACAUAUGAAUGCACGCAAGCAGGAGGCCGAGGCCAAGAAAAAACAAAAGCCUCCAAGAGACACUAAGGUCAACAUUGCCAUGAAUCAAUAUGAGUCGAUGUUCAAAGACAUUGUACUCCCCAGCGGCAUUUCUGCCAAGGCAACAGAGUACAAAGACCUUGCUGCAAGAGGAGAAAGAUGGGAAUCUCCUGUGUUUGGUAUUGGCACUGCUGCUCCAUCAACUGGACUUCCACGACUCGAGGCCAUUAAACGAAAGUACAGAAACCGCGGUAUCAGCGGAGCCCAUCGACAGACUCAGCCUAUGGCCCAGACAGGAGGAGCAUCCACGGCUAUGGCAGAACCUACCCACGUCAUGCCCACAAAGAUGACAGGGCUCGCCGAUGGCCUCAUGACCAUUCCUGGAACCAACGCUCCAGUUUAA